AAAACUCAUUCACAACUCAAACACCAAAACAAUAGUUCAGAAAAAGCCAUAAAAAUCUGUAUUUUAUUUAUUUUAAUCACAAUUUGUGCUCAAAAUUAGUGUCAAAACCAUUGUAUCUGUCAUUGAGUGCACAGACAGUGAUAGCCAUCUAAUCAGCCGAUUAUCACAUCCAUUGUGUGGACACCCGUACUGUCAGACCAUCGAUGCUGUUGUUAUGACACCAUCUGAUACGCCACUCAAUUGAUUGCUGCCAUCCAUCACUUCCGGUGUCUGUCUUAUCGCUAACCACUUCCUCAACGCUCCCGAAGACACCCAAAGCCACCGCACAAUUAGCUGAUCCAAGCCAUGGCAGACACAUCGCUGUUGAUAAUGGAGGAGUCGUCGCGAUUCAGUCGUAUACCGAAGUACAUGAUAGCGGCCAUCAGCUCGUGGUUCGGGUCACUGGCGUUGGGAACGGUUGUCGGCUAUACGGCUAACGCGAGUCCCAGUCUUCAGGCGCCCGGAAGUCACGUCCACCUGUCGACGGAUCAGCUCUCGUGGUUGGGAAGCCUAAUGGCGUUGGGCGCCGUCUUCGGCAGCGUUUGCGCCGGUUCGUCCAUUGAGUACAUCGGCCGCAAAGGGACACUCAUCAUGACAUCCGUUCCCUUUGUCUUGGGGUGGCUAUUGAUGGCAUACGCCGGGCGUCUGGAGUCGGCCUCAAGUCUACUCAUCGGUCGACUCAUCACUGGUUUCUGUUGCGGUUUAGUGUCGCUGACGGCGCCGGUAUAUAUCGCCGAGACGGCCGACCCGUCCGCCCGCGGUUUCCUGGGCUCCGGCUUUCAGCUGUCCAUCUGCGUCGGUGUCCUCAUAUCGUUCAUCGCCGGUAAGUACGUCUCGUGGGCCUACCUGGCGGUCAUCAGCUCCCUGUUCCCCAUAAUACUACUGGCGCUCAUGUGUCUGAUGCCGGAGACGCCCUAUUGGCUCAUCAAAAGGGGCCGCAUAUCGGACGCGACGGACGCCAACGUGUUUCUGCACGGCCUGGACGUCGCCCAACACACGGUCGUCGAGCAGUCGGUCGGCGGUUCUGUGGUGUCGUCGACCGGCGACUCCGUGCCCGCCAUCGACACCAGCCUAAAGCUCCGGGAGUUCCGCAAAGCGCACGUAAUGAAGCCAUUGGUGCUGACGCUGGCGCUGAUGCUCUUCCAGCAGACGUCUGGCGUGAAUGCGUUGCUGUUCUUCACGACCGACAUCUUCGCCCAAAGCGGUUCCCAUUCGUUGGCCGCCGCGGACGCCACGAUACUCGUGGGCGUCGUUCAAGUGGUGGCCGCGUUGGCCGCCUGUCUGCUCACCGAUAGGGCCGGCCGUAAGCUGUUGCUCGUCGUGUCGUCCAUCGGGUGCGGCCUAUCGAUGCUGUCGCUGUCGGUCUACCACUUCCUGAGCGACGCUAAUGAGGGUCAAGAGGUUAAGCAAGAGUUCAGUUGGGUUCCGGUGGUGGCGCUCAUCAGCUUUAUGGUGACCUUUUCGCUGGGGUUGGGACCCAUACCCUGGCUAUUGAUGGGCGAACUGCUGCCGUCCCACGUGCGGAGCGUGGCCUCAGGCCUGUGCUCGUCCUACAACUGGUUGAUGGCAUUCCUGAUCACCAAACUGUUCCACACGCUCUUGGAUUGUCUGCACGAAAGCGGCACUUAUUUGCUGUUUUCGGUGCUGUGUUUCACAUGCACUCUGUUUGUCGUGUUUUUCUUACCCGAAACGAAGGGCAAGUCGUUGACUGAAAUCGAGAAUAUCUUCAAAGCGAGACCUACUAUCGACUGAUGCUAUGGUUGUGGUGGUAGUGAUGACCACCGCGUGUGUUCUCAACAGAUAAUUCAAUGGCGAAUCAGAUCUAAUCACUAGACUUUUUGGAUACUUUACGUACAAAUAGUUUACAAGUUUUUAUUUUAAGUUAAUUUUUUGU